UCAGCUUCAUUGUGUGAGGGGUUUUUGAGCUGCGUCUCCCUCCUUGUGCUUCUUCCACCAUUGAGCCAGUCAGCAAAGCGUGCUGAACAAAGCCACGAGAAAGGAGAGGGAGAGAAGGAGAGAGAGAGAGGAGCUUCUGGGGAAGAAAUGUCUCUCGCUGACUCUGUCGCCUCGACAACCGGAUAUUGGUGCAAGUAGCAGAUGAAACUGCAGAGGGCAAGUUCAGCUUUAUAAAAGUGGACCAGGCAGGCCUGAACACUCCACCUGUGAUUCCUGUGUGAUCAGCCUCAGGUGCUAGCAUGGAUGUAGAGGAUGAGGUUCUGCUGUUUCGCACCAGCUGGGGUGAUGAGGAGGAAGAGGAGGAGGAUGGGGUGACGCACGCUGUGGAGCAGAGCUGCUUGUCUCGGAGUGCAGGGGUUUGUGGGGUGUGGAGGGCAGUGGGGUGGGUAUACACACAGCCCUGGGCCAGCGGGGUGGUUUUAGGGGUGGCCUUCCUAAUGCCCUGCAUCCUAUUUGCCUACAUGCUGCUUUACUGCCCUCCUCUGGACAUAGACCUCUCCUACAGUGCCUUUGAGGUUCACAGUCACUUCUCAGCUGAGCGCUUUGAUGCUCUCACCAUCGCUGUGAAGACCCAGCUAGGGUCCUGGGACAGACGCAGGCGGGACAUAGAUGAUCUUGAGGCUGAAGCACUCAAGGAGCUUCUCCUGGAGAAGCUGGGUGAAAAGGGAGUUUACAACUGGACAGAAAGGAAGAAGGUAAAGCCCAUCUUUCAAUCAGACAGCACUUUAAAAACAGAAGAUGAUCAGAGAAUAGAAAUAGCAGAAGCCAGAGAAACAAGAAGUGAGCCUGACUCAAGUCAGGAAGGAAGAAUGAGAGACAAGAGCUCAAGUUCUAGAGCUGAAGAGGAACAGGGAUUAUGGGAUAGAAAUUCCUCCUUUUCACUCAUUAGGAGGCGCAGAUUUGCUCCUAAUUACUACAUGCAGAGUCAGGCUCUGUGGAGGAUCGAGCUGGUGUUUGUGGCUCAGGGGAAAGGGGAGCGGAACAUCUUCACUCCAGAGCGCCUGGAGACAAUUCACCAUGUGGAGCGUCUGCUCAUGCAGUAUCCGCAGUUUCAUCAGUUCUGUUGGAAACCUAUGGAGAUAUUAAGGGAUCUGCCUCUGGGGCCAUCCUAUUGUUCCCCACCCAGCUCACUUCUGUCCUACCUCUACCCAAGUGAGAGGGCAGGGAAGAUAUACUACGAUGGCAUGGGCCCAGAUCUGGCUGAUAUUCAAGGUUCCUUAAAUCUGGCCAUCACCCACCCACAGUUUUACUGGUACGUGGAUGAAAGUCUGUCCCCUGAGCAUCUCUCCUCGGCUCUCCUACGCAGCGAGAUCCACUUCGGCGCUCCCCUGCCGUCCUACUACUCCCUGCAGGACCGAGCAGAUGAGCAGAGAGCUCGCUUCAAAAACUUUGUGGUUCAGUAUGCAGGCAUGCUGGCCAAGCAGUCUACCAGUGAGGUGAAGGUGCUAUAUGGGGGGACAGAGCUGUUUGAUGAUGAAGUGAGACACACCUUUUACAAUGAUAUGAUGCUGGCUGUCAUCAGCGGAGCUUGCAUCACUGUGCUCGUCUACAUUCUCACCUCGUUUUCUGUCUUUCUGACGUUCUUUGGACUUGCCGGCAUCGGGCUGAGCUGCUUGAUGGCUCUUUUUCUUUACCAUGUUGUCUUCGGCGUGAGGUACCUCGGUAUUCUUAACGGAGUUGCAGCAUUUGUCAUCAUUGGUAUUGGGGUGGAUGAUGUGUUUGUGUUCAUCAGCACCUUCAGGCAGGCCUCCCAUCUGCGUCAGCCCCAGGAGCGAAUGAUCUACACAAUCAAAACAGCUGGCAGGGCGACGUUCCUCACCUCCUUCACGACCGCAGCUGCCUAUGCUGCAAACACCUUCUCUCAGAUCCCAGCCGUGCAUGACUUUGGCCUAUUCAUGGCCCUCAUUGUCAGCUGCGCCUGGCUUUGGGUGUCUGUCCUGAUGCCAGCAGCCCUGUGUAUCUGGACCCAGCAUGUGGAGCCUCACGAACAUGACUGGAUGAAUUGCGUGAAGUUGGUUUUGGGCUUGUCAGCGAGCUACAGCCCUUUGUCAGAUGAGGAUGAUGAUGUGGCACUUCUGUCGGUGGAGAUGGAGCCAGGCUCCUGUGACACAGACAACGAUGCAGGCAUUCUUUCCCUGACAGUGGAGACACCAUUAUUCCACACAGGACAGCAGCAUAUGGGUGUGGUGAGCACAAAACUCCAGUGGGGCCUGAAGCACUUAGUGGCUAAGCCGGCUGUGUGGCAUCGAAAAACAGUUUUAGGCAUCUUUCUCCUAGUUCUGGUCUUCUCUGCGGGCUGCUGUUGUCUCCUGAGGCCGGCCACCCACGCUCCCCUCCUAUUCCGACCGGACACAAACCUUCAGACUCUGAUGGCCCUUCGCAGCAACCUCAGCGGCCAGGGCAUCUCUUGCCCCAUGUGCUCAGGUGUGUUCAUGGAAAAACCCCACCUGUUGUACACACAUACCUCAUCAGGUUUGAGGUUUUCCACACAUCAACAAAGUCAAAGCACAACAGCUUCAACUGUCUCCCAAAGCUCAAUGAAACCAAACCCAACAAACACCAACAAAACAGACCCCAUGCUGACUGUCUACAUGUCAAAGCUGGUUCAAGGAGGCUCCACAACAAUCUACCGAUUCUCUCUUAACACCAGCAUCCCAUCACCGUGGAAAGUGUGCAGCACAGAGCAUGAUGAGGUGUCAUCAUUCCAGGCAUUUAGUCAUCCUUGCAACAAUUACACCAGCAGAAUGACUGUGUGUGUUUCCCGAGAGUACCGCCCGUACCCCAGCUGGAUGAUCACAUCCGGCUUAUGUGAUCCUCGACACGGCUGGACUCAAGAGUUUUCCUUUUAUGUUGCAGCAUCUCCGCAGCAGAAUAGCAGGAGGCUGUAUUUUGCACAGUGCCAUCAGAGACCUCAUCCCAGCAGACUAUGUGUCAAAACGCCUGGGUGUGGCUUCAGUUCUGGGCCUGAUGGACCCUUAAAGGGAUCUUUUUAUACCCCCCUCCCCAGCGAUCCCUCAUCCGCUGCCAAGACAAAAGCAUCCAAAACGUCCGGCUUCAACCCGUGCAGCGGUGGUGCAUGUGGUCGCCCAGCUGUGCGUCCUCUGGUUGACACUGGGGCUAUGGUUUUCGUUGUGUUUGGGAUCCUGGGAGUGAACCGAAGCGAGAACAGGGAAAACCAUGUAAUUGGAGACAUGGGCAGCGUUGUGCUGGAUCCAGAGUUUGAUAUUUUCAAAGAGAUGGGCCAUCUUUGCAAAAUCUGCAAAGCUGUUGGUGCAAACAGAAAACUUGUGAAGCCAGGAGGAGCUCAGUGUUUGCCCUCAGGCAACAAGCUCUCCUCUGUUCUUCCUCUGCUCCAUCCUGAGUGCCACUCUCUGCCUGAACCCAACCUCCUCCCAGGCCAGCUCUCCCACGGAGCAGUGGGAAUGCACGGAGGCAAGGUCCGCUGGUUGUCCAUGGCCUUUGAAUCUACCACAUACAAGGGGAAAUCCUCCUUUCAGACCUAUUCAGACUUCCUGCAGUGGGAGAACUUCAUCCAGGAGCAGCUUGCCAGCCUCCCACAGACUUCAGCUCUCCAGCGAGGUUUCCAGACUUGUGAGCACUGGAAGCAGAUUUUCAUGGAAAUUAUAGGUGUGGAGAGUGCCCUCUGGAGUCUCCUGCUCUCUCUAGCGAUCUGUGUGGCUGCUGUGUCUGUGUUUACAGCGCACCUUCUGCUGCUGCUGCCGGUGCUCAUAACAAUUAUAGGAGUGAUCUGUCUGGUUGUGGCUGUCAUGUAUUGGCUGGGUUGGGAGAUGGGAGCAGUGGAGGCAAUUUCUCUGUCAAUACUUGUCGGAUCUUCAGUGGAUUACUGUCUGCACCUGGUGGAGGGAUACCUGCUGGCUGGGGAGACAGUUUCCUUGAUGCCUGGACAGAGCUCUGAGCCUUCAGCUGAGAGGCAGAGGCGAACUUUGGAGGCAGUGAACCAUGUGGGCGUUGCUAUAGUGUCCAGUGCUGUCACCACAGCAAUCUCCACUGUUCCUCUUUUCUUCUGCGUCAUUGUGCCUUUUGCCAAGUUUGGUCAGAUCGUAGCCAUCAACACAGCCAUCUCCAUUUUGUUCACCUUGUCUGUGACCUCUGCCUUGUUGGCCUGCAUGGCCCCGGCCCACUUCAGCAGACAUCCCGGCGCUGUGCUGAAGGCCAGCCUGGCCGUGGUGGCAGCUGCGGUCUUGGGAGGGGCUCUGUGCUGGACGGGCCAACAGCUGGGGGCAUCGGCCUGGCGGUCCCUCAGCACAUAAACACUGCUGUCCUCAGCUCACACUGAUGUCAGACAUGAAUAAUGUAUUUUCCUUUACCUUCAGGAGGAUUAUCAGAUCAGUAAGUGAUCUUUAAAGCACAAAGAUGUCAACACUGUCUCAGUAACUGAAAGCUAUUUGUUAUCUAAGAACAGCUUUAUUUUACUUGUAAUAGUCAGUGAAUUUGGCAUAGUAUCUUCUGAAGUCAGCGUAACCAUGUGACCCAGUUCUGUCCUGCCUGUGAGCUGAAAUAAUGACUCAGUUAGGGUACAGUGCCUGCGCAGAGUAUUCAUAUUCCUUGAACCUUUUUACAGUUUGCCAUUUUACAACCACAUCCUAAUGGGAUUUUAUUAGACAGACCAACACAAAGUAGCAAAUAAUUGUGCAGUGGAAGGAAAACCUUUACAAAAAGGUUAUAUGCCUUGUUAUGUCCCUAUUAGCUUUGCACAUUUAGGGACUGGAAUUUCUGCCCAUUUUUCUUCGCAAAAUAGCUGAAGUUCAGUCAUGUUAGACAGAGAGUGUACGUGAACAUCAGUUGUCAAACUAAAGAAUCUCUUACUUUAAGUUUACAUAGAGUUUACAACUAACAACAGCUGUAUUUAUACUGGUUUUAAAUUACACAUAGGCAAACUACUUACUAAUUCUCUGGAUUUUAUUUAGUGGUAUUAAACAAAAUGGGUAUGGACAUUUAUGUAAGCAAAGCAUUUCAGAAUUUUAAUUUAUAACAAUAUUGGAAAACCACAACUACUUCUUCAUUCUGAUGUACUGAUUUGUUUUGAUCCAUUGCAAAAAGUCCAAAUAAAACACACUGGAGUGGUUUGUAAUGUAAUAACAAAUUGUGGAAAAGUUUAAGAGGUUUAAUACUUUUGUGAGACACUGUAUGUUUUGUUCCGUCUCAUCUUCAGCUUCGAGUAAUUGCUGGAAAUGUUCUUGCUUUACAUCAUUAUAACUUAUCAAGUCAUAAAGAGCUGCUGAUGGUUUUGUAAAUGCUGAUGAAACAGUGUUGGCGGUUCACGACACUUCACAGCCUUCUGUGAAACAUCCCAUUUUUGUUUAAUACUUUGUGCUCUCUUGAAAGCUUUUACUCUGUCCAUCUGCAGCCGGAUGAACGGUUGUAAUAACAGAAUUUAUACUGUUUGGUUAAAUGUACUGUGUGAUGUAAAUGUUGUUCAUUUCGAAGCUGCCAGCACACCUAUGCUUGUGAAUACUGUUAAAUUCUUUUUACGUGAUCAGAUCUUUAUCUGCUUUAAGGUUUUUGUAACAAAACAAAAAAAACAAAUGGAAAGAAUCCUCUCUUCCCGUCCUCAGGUGUACACUCCAUCACACUUUGAAAGCACUCGGUGUAAACCUCUCGUGCUCUCACAGGAAAGAGCACCACUCAAGCGCCCAUCAGCUGCAGCUACGCUCUGCCCUGAAGUGAAGGUGAGGGCCAUUUGUCAAACCACAUAACAUGAUAAUGGCGGCGUAGAGGGACCCACUCAGUCACGGCAAGAGUGGCACAUUUCUGUUUUAAGUGUGCGUUACACUUGUGAAUGUCAAAUAAAGCAGGUGCAGAAAGCG